AUGACCAAGCACGCAGCUUUCAUCUCGACCCCCCUCCUCCAUUCACUUGCUACACGUCGUAACGCUCCACGCGCUUUAGCACAAUGUACUGCGGCAAGCGCCCCAUCAGUGAUAGAGGGAAGGGUAGAAGAAGAUAUCCCUUCCACCCUUCCCUCCUCUCUCCACAUCGGCAACCUCCAAAUAUCUCCUCCAGUCGUCCUCGCCCCAAUGGCUGGCGUCACCAACUACCCGUUCAGAAAGCUGUGUCGCACACACGGCGCCGCCCUCUACGUCUCUGAAAUGGUUUUGGCCUCCUCGCUCUUAUCCGGGCAACCAACCACCCGCCUCCGCUUCGGCGUAGACGAAGACCUCCGCUCAGCUCAGCUAUACGGCACGGACCCAUCCAACAUCGCAGCCGCCGCCAACUUCUUGAUAAACCACCACGGCGUCAAGCACAUCGAUCUCAACUUCGGCUGCCCCGCCCCCAAAGUCCUGCGACGAGGCGGCGGUGCUGCCAUCCCCGCCGACGAACACGUCCUGGCCCAAAUUGCAUCCGCCGCUGUCACCGUCGCCACCCCGUACGGAGUCCCGGUCACGGCAAAAAUGAGAGCCGGUCUGUCUCCGUCCCAUUUGACCUAUGCCCGUGCAGGGCAGGUGCUCCAGGAUUGCGGCGUCGCCGCUAUAACCCUUCACACGCGCACGGCAAACCAAUUGUAUGCCAAGGGCGCUGGCCGUGCAAACUGGGACCGCAUACGCCAUCUGCAGCAGUUGCUGGACAUUCCAGUCAUCGGCAACGGAGACGUCUUCACGGCCCAGGAUGCGGUCGACAUGCUACGAGAGACUGGCGCCGCUGGCGUGGCCAUCGGUCGAGGUUGUCUGGGGCGCCCCUGGUUGUUCCGUGAUCUUCGCGAAGCACUGGAGACGGGAAGGACAAAUACGAUUACCGUGCCUCCGUUUGAGCAGGUGCGCGAUACAAUGAUGGAACAUGUCAGAGAGGCCGUCGAUUGGAUGGCGGCUGAUCAAGUCGAUGAGCUCGCCGCGCUCAAGUCGAUGCGCAAGUGGUUUGCGUGGUACUGGCGCGGGUAUGAAGGCUUGCCUGGCGACUGGACGACGCAAAUGUGUAAAGCAGAGACGCUGGAACAAUUUGAGGAGAUUUCAAAUGCUUUUGAUGGAAAAGGUGUUGGCUUCGCUUUGAACAAAGUUGUCGGGGAACGCGGAAAGGUAGGCGGGAUAACAUAA